AAGUUUCUCUAGUUCGCCGCCGCCUCUUGGGUGUCGUCGUCUACAUAUUUGGGUUCUCUUCCGGCAAUCCCCAAUUUCAAUCGCUCUCUCUCUAUUCUCAAUCGCAUUUGUUUAUCUCUCUCGAGAAGAUUCUGAGAUUCAUCUCUGAUUGAUUUUGAUCGGGAAGAUGUGGAACCAGAAGUAUGAUCUGGAGUCGGCUCAGACGCCUCUGUACCCGAUGAUGAUGGAGAGCCCCGAGCUCCGAUGGUCUUUCAUCCGUAAGGUCUAUUCGAUCAUCUCCAUCCAGCUCCUCGUCACAAUCGCCGUGGCCGCCACCGUCGUUAAAGUUCAUCCGAUAUCCGUCUUCUUCACCACCACCAGCGCCGGCUUCGCCCUCUACAUCCUUCUCAUCUUCACUCCUUUGAUUGUGAUGUGGCCCUUGUAUUACUACCACCAGAAGCAUCCUGUCAACUAUCUAUUACUCGCCAUUUUCACCGUCUCUCUCGCCUUUGCUGUUGGCUUGACCUGCGCCUUUACCAGCGGAAAAGUCAUCCUCGAGGCUGUGAUUUUGACGGCUGUUGUGGUGGUUUCCCUCACUCUCUACACGUUCUGGGCUGCCAAGAGAGGCCAUGACUUCAACUUCCUCGGUCCCUUCUUGUUCGGUGCUGUCAUUGUCCUUAUGGUCUUUUCCUUCAUCCAGAUUCUCUUCCCUCUAGGAAAGAUAUCGGUGAUGAUCUAUGGUUGUUUGGCAUCCAUCAUCUUUUGUGGCUACAUUGUAUAUGACACUGACAACUUGAUCAAGAGACAUUCCUACGACGAGUACAUCUGGGCUGCAAUUUCCCUUUAUUUGGACGUCAUUAACCUCUUCCUAUCUCUGCUCACUCUCUUGAGGGCUGCUGAUAGUUAAAACCCCCUCUUCUCUAGAUUUAUGUCAUUGCUUCUAUCUGCUCUUUGUGUCUAAAUUCGUUUUGCAAUGAAAUUUGUGUCUUGUUUGAAACGCUGUAACAUAAUACAUCAUACUUGUGAAAGUUGUUAGCUUUAGAAGUAAUUUCUUCAAUUAAUGCAAUAAAAAGGAUAUUAUUACAAAA